UUUUUUUUCUUUUUUUUUAUAUAUGUAUACACAUAUUUAAACCAAUUCUAAUGACCAGCACAUUAACAAAAUUUGAUACUGAACAUGAAGAUCUCAUUCAUGAUAUAUCAUAUGACUUUUAUGGUAAAAGAUUAGUAACAUGUUCAUCUGAUCAACGUUUAAAAGUAUGGGAUUUUGUUGAACGAGCUGAUUCAUCGUUUUGGGAAUUAAAUGAUGCUUGGAAAGCUCAUGAUGCAUCCAUCUUAAAAGCUGUUUGGGCGAGACCUGAAUAUGGACAAGUUAUUGCUAGUUGCUCAUUUGACAGACAAGUUAAAAUAUGGGAAGAACAAUCAAAUCGAGAAAUAGUCAAAAGCGCUGGGCUGAAAGAUUUCGUUUGGUAGAAUCAAGAGGUGCAGUAUUGGAUAUAGCAUUUGCACCAACUCAAAAUUCACUUCGAUUAGCUACUUGUUCCUCGGAUGGUAUCAUUCGUAUUUAUGAAGCUUUAGAACCUACUAAUCUUGCCCAAUGGUCUCAAAUGGAAGAAUUCGAAAUAUCGGGUAUAUCUCACAUGGAUAAUAAAAUUUUAACAUCCAGUUCAAGUCAACAACAGCAGCAGCAACAACAACAACAGCAACCACAACAACAGCAACAGCAGCAGCAACAACCACAACAACAACAGCAGCAACAGCAGCAACAGCAACAGCAACAACAACAUCAGCAGCAACAAGAGC